CCAAACAAAUCUUAGCUUUCACGGCGCAAUAUAGCGAGUGUCACAACUCACCCACAUUAUUUUAUUACCAAAAACAACAAGUCAUUCAGUUAUUCAUAACCUUGUUUAUUCAUACAGUUAAGUUGACUUGACAAACACAACACACUCUUUCUUUCUUUCUCUCUCUAAAACUACCCGCCACUUUCUCUCUCUCUCUCUCUCUCUACAAAAUGACUACAACGUUUGUUCAUAACCGGAGCCAACACUCCGGUCACCGGAGCACGCCGGACAGAAUGUCUCGUUCUUCCGACUUCAGCACCUCGGUUCAGUCAACAACCUCCUCUUCUUCUUCCGGUAGCCGGAAUCCAGUUGUUGCCGCCGCCAUGUCGGUUGCUGGAUUGUUUGCCGCUUGUUUCACGCCGCCGGAUAGUAGCAAUUCUAAGAGCGUUGUUGAUUCUGAGGAAUUCAAAUCUACUUCUACUUCUGUUGCAUCAAAUGCUUCAAGAGCUGGUAGUCAGAGAGGGCGUGGCUCAAACCGAGGUACCAACAUUGGUUUAUACAACACAAUCCAGGGGAAUGAGUCUGGCAUUGUCAAGUACACCAUGGAGGAAAUCAUCCAAGCCACAAGAAACUUCUCUCCUUCUUUCAAGAUUGGUCAAGGUGGUUUUGGGGCUGUCUACAAGACCAAACUCUUGGAUGGAACCAUUGUUGCAGUAAAGCGUGCUAAGAAGAGUGUACAUGAGAAAAAUUUAGGUUCUGAGUUCCAGAGCGAGGUCCAAACACUAUCAAGGGUUGAACAUUUGAACUUGGUAAAGUUCUAUGGAUAUUUGGAGCAAGGGGAUGAAAGAAUCGUUGUUGUGGAGUAUGUUCCUAAUGGAACCCUCCGAGAGCAUUUAGAUUGCAUUCAUGGAAACGUUCUGGACCUUGCUGCUCGUCUAGACAUUGCAAUUGAUGUAUCGCAUGCUCUCACCUAUCUUCAUAUGUAUAUGGAUCAUCCUAUCAUUCACAGAGACAUAAAAUCUUCCAACAUUCUCCUCACCGAGCAUUUUCGAGCUAAGGUUGCAGACUUUGGUUUUGCUAGACAGGCACCUGACAGUGACUCUGGCAUGACACAUGUCUCUACCCAAGUUAAGGGAACAGCUGGCUACUUGGAUCCGGAAUACUUGAAAACUUAUCAACUAACCGAAAAGAGUGACGUUUAUUCGUUCGGUGUUUUGCUUGUUGAACUUGUCACGGGAAGACGGCCCAUUGAACCAAAAUUCGAACUCAAAGAGAGAAUAACAGUAAAAUGGGCUAUGAAGAGGUUUAUUGAUGGAAACGCGAUCUCGGUCUUGGACACAAGACUGGAUCAAACUUCAGCAAAUAAUUUGGCCUUAGAAAAGAUACUUGAACUAGCUUUACAGUGCUUGGCUCCACAUAGACAAAAUAGGCCUAACAUGAAGAGAUGUGCUGAGAUCCUUUGGGCUAUUCGCAAGGAUUACAGAGAGAUAUCGGCUUCAAACUUUCGAUCAUAUUCGACUACUUCCCAAAGGAGUGCCUCAUUGAGAGAGUGACAAACAUAGAGUUCAUCUCAGGCCAUAACACUUGCAUCAAAAAGGAGUGUGUAAGUAAGAAAAAAAUAAGCAUAAAAAAGAUAAUGCAUUAAAAACAGUUAGGACUGGGUGGCAUAUGCUGAUAGUGAUAGGUAGAAUUCAUAUUUUGUGGAAAUUGUUCAUAAGAGUUUUGGCUUGUAUAUAGGAAUGGGAGUAGAAUGCUUCCAUAAUGUUGAUUUCUUUUUCUUGUACUGUACCUGACAGAAAAGAAAAACUUGUAUUCUAUUGAUUGGAAUUUUGAUUGUUGUAUUGUCAGCUUGGCAGUGAUGUUCCAUUUAUUUCACUGUUAACUUUGUGUUUGA